AUGAUGUUGAACUGGCUUCUCCUGGUGUCCUCGGGCAGGUCCGUAGGACUCGCUGCCCCCGUCCACGCCGCCAGGAUGUUGACGCCGGGCCCGGUCACGUCAGGCUUGAGGAUCUCCGGUGUCACCGAGUUCGGGCCCCUCGAGCUGAACGCCGCCACCACCGGCGCCGGCUUCACAUUCACCAUCGUUCCCCCGAAGCUGAGCACCGCCGUCGCCUUCCUGUGUGUUGUCAGGUACUCUUUUAUCGCCUCCCCCGACAUCUGCCCCACCGCCACGGCCGGCAGAAAGUGGCUGUCGGCCACCAGCUCCUCCCCGUUUUCCUCCGUGUUGGCCAGUAUCAUCCCCAAGCCUCCGGCCGCUUUCACCGCCGCCCCUUUCUGCACCCGCGCGUUCUCCCCUCUGUCGCACAACACCACCUUGCCAUUCACUUGGGCGCGGUCAAGGGACCCCCACAGGCACAGAUUGCUCGACUCGUUGCCGCUUGGCCUCGACGUAAGCCGGGAAAUCCCGGUCGAUUGUGCUGGCGCCGACGGUCGUAAUCCACGGCGCGACGUUCGAGACCGUACUCUCGCCUGGGCCGGAGUUUCCGGCCGAGCACGAGACGAAGAUCCCCUUUUCCAUGGCCGCAAAAGCUCCGAUGGCGAUGACAUCCUUGUGGUACGGCACGGCUUGACCACCGAGGGACAUGGAAAGGACGUCGACUCCGUCUUUAAUCGCACUGUCAAUGCCCGCGAGUAUCCGAAGAGGCUGACGUUGGGAACAACGGCACCAGCGGCGGUGCUUGCCGUGUGCGUGCCGUGGCCUUCAAGGUCGCGGGCGGACAUUGACUCGUUAGUUUUACCCACCGCCCUUCUGUAUCCAUCGGUGAAGGAUCGAGCGCCGAUUAGCUUCCGGUUGCAGAAGCCUUUCUCGCAUGUUCCGCCCCACCGGGAGGGCACUUUCGGCAUGCCGUCGUCUCUGAAGGACUUCGACUCCGGCCAGACGCCGUCGCUGCAGAGUGUUGCCGGCCUGCUCCCCGGUCAGCCCCAGAAACUCCGGCGUGCGCGUGGUGUGGAGCUCGUACACCAUGUCCUCGUACACCUCGAAGACGGCGUCCGACUGGCGCAGGGCAUCGGCCUCCUCUGGGGAGAGGGCGGCAGCGAAGCCAUGGAACGCGUCCUUGUAGGUGUAGAUGAUGUUUUCCGGUUUAGCGGCGGUGAGGGUGUUGGGCAUGAGGUUUUUAUCCAUGUGUACGAUGUAGAGUUUAUUGGUGGCCGCCUCAAGGACACUGGACUGAAGGAGAAAGGCGGCUGCGAAGAACCAGAUGGCCGGCCCGAAUAA